GCAGGUGGGGCCGGCAGAUCUUCUUUGCGCAUGCGGAAGCCGCUGCCCGCUCCCACCUCUAACCCAGGCUCAGAGUAGCUGCUGUUUCUGAGAGAACGAUUCGUAGGACGGCCCCUGACGCGGUUCCCUUUUGCUUUUCUUUCUGCGGACCUUUCCGGUACUUGAGCGGUGUCCAGAGCUAGGCCCGUUCUCGUCGUUCUGACUGCCUUUCGGAAGAGGUGCCUGUCGUUGGCCAAUAGUUGGCUGUCGAAAGUGCCGGCCCCCGCGCCGGCGCCGGCAGCAGCCGGGUGGGAAGGCUCAAGAUGGCGUGCCUGCUGGAGACCCCAAUCCGCAUGAGCGUCCUUUCGGAAGUAACAGCUAGCAGUCGCCACUAUGUUGACAGGCUAUUUGACCCAGAUCCCCAGAAAGUUCUACAAGGUGUCAUAGACAUGAAAAAUGCUGUAAUUGGAAACAACAAGCAGAAAGCCAAUCUCAUUGUUUUAGGAGCUGUUCCAAGAUUGUUGUACUUGCUUCAGCAAGAAACCUCAACCACAGAGCUGAAAACUGAAUGUGCAGUGGUGUUGGGAAGUCUUGCUAUGGGUACUGAAAACAAUGUCAAGUCUCUACUGGACUGCCAUAUUAUCCCUGCCUUAUUGCAAGGACUACUGUCCCCAGACCUGAAGUUUAUUGAAGCUUGCCUCCGAUGCCUGCGCACCAUCUUCACCAGUCCUGUCACUCCAGAGGAGCUACUGUAUACAGAUGCCACAGUGAUACCACACCUCAUGGCACUGCUUAGCAGGUCCCGCUAUACCCAGGAGUACAUCUGUCAGAUCUUCUCACAUUGCUGUAAAGGGCCAGAUCAUCAAACAAUUUUAUUUAAUCAUGGUGCAGUUCAGAAUAUUGCUCACCUACUAACCUCACUGUCCUACAAAGUUCGAAUGCAAGCACUGAAAUGUUUCUCAGUUUUAGCUUUUGAAAACCCCCAGGUAUCGAUGACCCUGGUAAAUGUUUUGGUUGAUGGAGAAUUGUUACCACAGAUUUUUGUGAAGAUGUUACAGAGGGAUAAGCCUAUUGAGAUGCAGCUCACAUCAGCAAAAUGUUUAACUUACAUGUGUAGAGCUGGAGCAAUUCGGACAGAUGAUAACUGUAUUGUAUUAAAGCUUGAUCAUGAUUUAAAACAUGCUCAUGAACUCCGCCAGGCUGCAUUCAAGCUCUAUGCCUCUCUCGGAGCAAAUGAUGAAGACAUCCGGAAGAAGAUCAUUGAGACUGAAAAUAUGAUGGACCGAAUUGUGACUGGCUUGUCUGAGUCUAGUGUCAAGGUGCGGUUAGCUGCCGUCAGAUGUUUGCACAGUUUAUCCAGAUCUGUGCAGCAGCUUCGAACCAGUUUCCAGGAUCAUGCUGUGUGGAAACCUUUAAUGAAGGUUUUACAAAAUGCACCAGAUGAAAUCCUAGUGGUAGCAUCUUCCAUGCUAUGUAAUCUUCUUCUUGAAUUCUCUCCGAGCAAAGAGCCAAUUUUGGAAUCAGGUGCUGUAGAGCUACUUUGUGGAUUGACCCAGAGUGAAAAUCCUGCUUUACGAGUGAAUGGAAUUUGGGCUUUAAUGAAUAUGGCAUUUCAGGCUGAACAAAAAAUAAAAGCAGAUAUUUUACGAAGCUUGAGUACUGAACAGCUAUUCCGGUUAUUAUCAGAUUCAGAUUUGAAUGUGCUGAUGAAGACAUUGGGACUUCUUAGAAAUCUCCUCUCUACUCGUCCUCAUAUAGAUAAAAUAAUGAGUACUCAUGGAAAGCAAAUUAUGCAAGCCGUCACUCUUAUUCUAGAAGGGGAACAUAACAUUGAGGUCAAAGAGCAGACACUGUGUAUCUUAGCCAACAUAGCGGAUGGGACAACAGCAAAAGAUCUUAUUAUGACCAAUGAUGAUAUCCUACAGAAAAUCAAGUAUUACAUGGGCCAUUCACAUGUUAAACUGCAGCUUGCAGCCAUGUUUUGUAUAUCAAACCUCAUAUGGAAUGAAGAGGAAGGUUCACAAGAACGCCAGGAUAAAUUACGAGACAUGGGCAUCGUAGAUAUUCUACACAAAUUGAGUCAGUCACCAGAUUCAAACCUUUGUGACAAGGCAAAGACAGCACUGCAGCAGUACCUGGCAUGAUGAGAACACCCCUGGGCACCUGCGAGCAUCCCACCUCCUUGUUUAAGGAAGUACAGGAACCAGCCUCAUUUGAUUCCUUCUAUUUGCACAAGUCACCUUGGACUGCAGGGAGCUGUUUUGCAAAAGCAAUUUAGUAGGCUUAGAUCUCAAAUUCAUCUUGAGAACAUUUUUUUGAGGUAGUAGUUUCCUCAGAAGACUCUUGGGUUUUGUUUUGGUUUUUUUCUGAGCUACCCGGACUCUUUAUUGAACAAUCAAUCAUUUUCCUUUGGACCUACAAUUUUUUGCCUAUGCUGCAGCCACUUUGUGAGUGAGAAUGAAUAUGUCUGUGUGAACACACAGGCAUGCGUGUGUAUGUGCACGUACGUGGGCCAGAAUGAAUGGAUGUGUGUGUGUGUGAGGGAUACCUCAGAUUUUUCUUUUCUUAUUUUGUGUGAAAAUCUCUUUUCUACAGAUUUUCCAGGGUUUAAGCAUUGCUUGCUGUAUAAAAAACUUUACUGAAUUAUAUACAGUUUGAAUGAAAUGUUAUUUUAAAAACAAAACAAUUGUUAAGUGUUCCAUAAAGGUUAUGUUGAAUUUUGGUCAGAUGAAUAUUUGUAAGUAAAAAAUAUAUGCAUUUCUGAACCUCAACUUACAUAGAUUUUCUUUAUAUAAAAAAAAGAAAAAGUUGGCUAUAGUUGGCCUGAUUAACAGGCACUAUACAUGGUGCUGUGCAAAAUAGUAAGCUAGCAUCUUACUGCCGUCAAUAUUAGCAGGUACAGAGCCUUUUUUCAUCCUAAUUCAAUAAGUUCUCAGGCUACCAAGUCAGAUGGACAGGGAGGAGUAAAGUGAGGCGACAGAUUCACCAUAGGCUUUUUGAAGCAUCAAAGGAAAAUAUAACUACUGAUAGUGAAAGCCCAGUCGUGACCCAGAUGGGCUUACCCUUGACAGGAACUGGGGACUGAGAGCCUCCCAACUGCCCUAACUCCUGUCAUUGGUAUACCAAUAUCUGGCCAGAUUUAGAACCAGUCAUGGAAACUUGCACUCAUAUUAAAAGUAGGUCAUCACUUCCCAGAAACAGUCAAGACACCUUGUGCUUCCUGAAACAGCAUAUAUCACUGUGAAACUAAAGAAUGUGCUACAGACACACCUGUGUCUGUAGCAAAGAACAAAGAACAGGAUAGUUUAGAAAGCUUUCUCUUACCGGUAUUCAGCAAAUUUCAUACUAGUUGCUCAGGAUUGCUAGUUGGUAUGCUUUUGUAAAAUGAGAUUGAAAUUCAAUAAAAGAUGCAACUAAAAUCUUUUCCUGCAUGAAGCUAAAAGCACCCAGGUUGAGAGAGGGGCAAGGGAAUCUCCCCAGGAUGACUAAAGAUGACUUCAGCAAGUACUCCUAGCCCUUCUGCACCCCUUAGCUUGGUCCCUGCUCCAACUUCUGGGUCAGCUGCAAGGUGAACUCAACAGAAGUUGCUCUUGACUGUUUGAAGGUAGAAGCAGCCUGCCUUUUCUCUUUGCUAAAAGAAGGUCAGAGGCAUCGCAGCCAGGAUGCAAGGUCUGCAGUCCAGAAGCUUGCGGUGAGUGUGUGCCACAGAUGGAGCCCCAAGCCCACCUACCAGCCACCCCUGAUGGGGUUGCUCCCACUGCAGCUGCCCUAUCACCACCCUGCACCUUCCUUGGAAGAUUUAAAUGUUUGAUUGCGAAUGAAUGUUUAAAAAUGUAUUUAAUGCAAUUUUUCCUGUUCUCAACAUGACCACCCAAGAUUCAAACACAGAGAUUUCCAAGUUAUUAUUUUUUUAGAACAUCACUGAUUUAAAAUCUGUCACAACAGGACUUGGGUUUUGUGCAGAUAUCAGAAUGCUAAUGUGAGAAACCCAGUUAAAGGAAAACUUAGUUUAUUGGAAAGAAAGCCUUAGGCCCACUCAUUGUUUCUAGUACUGUGAAAAUAUCCUUGGUUGGCAUUGUUAACACAAAACACUGUAGUGUUGGUAUUAAAUAGUACCAGGUAAAUAUAAAGAAACCAAUAAGGAAUUGCUGAGACAAUCUUGAACCCAAAUAGCGUUAGAAAGCUGAAGACCCAAUGAAAUAACACUUUCACACUUAAACUCUGUGGUGAAAUCUUGCCUGUGGGUAUAAACAGAUGGUCAGAUUAAAAAUGCUUUACUAUAAUUAACUUUUCUGAUUUGAAUGAAGGGAAAUGUAUUUAUUGAAACAAAGCUGUUUGCUGCUUUAUGCAGAUGCAGUGUUCAGUCAGCAAGGAAGUGGGAAGAAUGGACAUGGUCUUGUGUCUACACCCAAGUUCUUAACUAAGCUUCUCGCUCUAAUACUGCAUUCUGUUUCUCUUUUUGUGCCCUGAUUGUAACCCAAAAUUUAUGAACUAGAAAAGAAUGUCCAAUUUAAUAAGUUGCAUUUUUUUUUCCCUUAAGCACUUUAUUCAGAACAAUACAUGUUCUUCUGGUAGUGUUUGGAUAAUAUGAUUUUAACACAUGCUAAUAAAAAAGCCAAGAAAAAUCAUG